GCCCUUCCUUUCUUGUCCUAGCCUCCCGUUCUCCAGUGUUCUCAGGUAAGCCCACCAACAGUCCCAGCUCAUGAUGGAGGCCAUCAAGAAAAAGAUGCAGAUGCUGAAGUUAGACAAGGAGAAUGUUCUGGACCGGGCUGAGCAGGCUGAAGCUGAGCAGAAGCAGGCAGAAGAAAGGAGCAAACAGCUAGAGGAUGAAUUAGCAACCAUGCAGAAGAAGCUGAAAGGAACAGAAGAUGAGCUGGACAAGUAUUCUGAAGCUUUAAAAGAUGCCCAGGAGAAGCUGGAGCUGGCAGAGAAGAAGGCAGCUGAUGCCGAAGCUGAGGUGGCCUCCUUGAACCGUAGGAUCCAGCUGGUUGAAGAGGAGCUGGACCGUGCUCAGGAGCGUCUUGCUACUGCCCUGCAGAAGCUAGAGGAAGCAGAAAAAGCUGCUGAUGAGAGUGAGAGAGGUAUGAAGGUGAUUGAAAACCGAGCUCUAAAAGAUGAAGAAAAGAUGGAACUCCAGGAAAUCCAGCUAAAGGAAGCGAAGCACAUUGCAGAAGAGGCAGACAGGAAGUAUGAAGAGGUGGCUCGUAAGUUGGUGAUUAUCGAAGGAGACUUGGAACGCACCGAGGAACGAGCGGAGCUGGCAGAGUCUAAGUGUUCUGAGCUGGAGGAGGAGCUGAAGAAUGUCACCAACAACCUCAAGUCUCUUGAGGCUCAGGCGGAGAAGUACUCUCAAAAAGAAGACAAGUAUGAAGAGGAAAUAAAGAUUCUUACUGAUAAACUUAAGGAGGCAGAGACCCGUGCCGAGUUUGCUGAAAGAUCGGUAGCCAAACUGGAGAAGACCAUUGAUGACUUGGAAGACGAGCUCUAUGCCCAGAAACUGAAGUACAAGGCCAUUAGCGACGAGCUGGACCACGCCCUCAAUGACAUGACCUCUAUGUAACUAUCAGGCAGCAGUGUGGGGUUGGGUUCCUGGCUUGUGGGUGAGGGUGCAGGCUGCGUGGAGUGCGCUUGGGUUUUGUCCUUGACUCACAGCCUUCACCCAACGUUGGUGCUGGUUAUUUGUUUGGCAGAACCUGGGGAGAUGUUUAAUCUUGGAUAUAAUUUGUGUUCUCUCUUACUCUCCCAUCUAGUUCUAUCAGGGUCUAAUUCUGUAAGCCAUGUUGACCCCAAACUCCAGAUCCUUCUGACUUAGCAUCAGCCACUAAGAUUACAGCCAAGUGCCAUGCGCCCAGCUCUCCUUUGCACUGGGUUUUCACUCUGGUUACUCAGUGCUGGGUGUGGUGGCACACAGCUGUAAUCCUUGCAGUCUAUGCUAAGGCAGAAGGAUUGAUGCAGGUUCAAGGCCAGCUAAUGCUGCAAGGCAAGACAGGGUCUCAAAAGUAAAACACAAAACGGACGUGGUGGUGCGUACCUUUAAUCCUGGCCUAGGUGAUCUCUUGAGUUCCAGGAUAACCUGGUCUACAUAGUGAGUUCCAAGACAGCCAAAGUUACAUAGAGAGACCCUAUCUCAAAAAACAAGAACACGUGAACACAAAUCUUUAUUUGUGCCCUGAAAUGAAAGCUAAUGGGAGAUUUCUGUGAUGAGAAGCAGCCAGUUUAAGAAUUGAGUGGAGUCCCUAAGCAAGCCAACCAGUGAACAGCACCAAAAGUUUUGGGGGACUUACUUGAUUCCUAAUGCUAAUCUGCGUCUUCUGCCCACUAACCCGGAAGUGGCUGAGUGUUGUACCUGAAGUGUCUGGCUCUCCCGCUCUUUCCCCUUUCCCUUCUCCCAAGCUGCUGCCUCAGUUGAGCCAGCCCUUCUCACCCGGAGUGUCCUUUUCCAUACAGAUAAACUGUCACCGUUUCUGCUCUGUUCUGGAUCUACCCCCUUUCCUUGGGGAACCCAACACCCCACUCGCUCUGGAUUCCAUUUGGGUCAGCCUGGCUGGUUCCCAAAGCCUUAGGGCUGGGGCUUGGGGGAAACAAAGCAAUUUACAUAUUUGCUUUCACCCCCAUCCCAGAUUAAAAUGUUAAGCUGCCAGAAGCCUCAUGUCCUCCUGCCUUUGUUAUUGACAAAGCUGUUAAGACGGAGCCUUGCCGGUGUGAUGUGGGGACGGCCGUGUUAGGCUGUCCCCUUCUGAUUCAUGUAUAAUCAAAGCUACUUUUGUGUGUGUGUGUUUUCUUGACAUUUGAACUUGCUGAUUGGAGUCUUGUCAGAGUGGUGAACGGGUAAAGGCUCCUCAUGGUAGGAAGUUAGUGUUAUUUCUAAGUUCUUCAAUAGUCUACGUGGAGCAUUUUCCUUCCCUUUGGCCCUUUCCCAUAUAGUAAGGUCAACAGACCAUUGAAUCAUUUCCUAAUAUGCUACCCUUUUGCCAGAGAGUCAGACAUUACAUCCUUAGAGCACACUGGGCCUGUGUGAUCCAUCCUUACAGUUAAAUAAUUCUAUCAUCCUAAGUCACAGAAAAACAUGUAACAUAAUGGCUUGAAUUCUCAGUAGAUGUGCUUUCGUCUUUAAACCUUUCUCACUUAUUUGAGGCUGCUACCAUUUGUUCAACUUUGUUUUUUAAUGGGAUAUCAUUGAGACACACGGUAGAUGAUUGGAAAAAAUGAAAACAACCAGUCAUGUACACAUGCGGGUAAUGACUUACUAUUAAAUUUCUACUAGUGAAAUUCUUCUGGGUAUAUAUUGUAGAAUUGAAUAUCAGCAUUUCAGAAGUGUUCCAGUUUGUACAGCUAAAUGCUGCAUAGUAUUUCAGUUUCUUAUCAGAGUAUGUAUUUGAAACUUGCUUUUUCUUCUCCGUGUCCAGGGCUAUGGAUGUGGCACAGUUGGAGAACACUCACCUACUGUGCACAAGGCUCUGAGUUUAAACCCCAGAACCACAGAGAAAGAAAGAAGGGAAGGAAGAGAGAGAAAGGCUAUAGCUAGUAGGGAAGUGUUCCCUAAUCUCGGUCAGACUCCUUUACCUGGACUGUCUCUUCCUGCCACACAGCCUUUGAGACCGAGGUAGAGGUGGGCUUAUUUAGCAGGUGCUGACAUCUAGAUAGAUACCCUGUUCAGAUAGAUGAAUACAGGUGAGGAACCGCCUGCAUGCUCAGGUUGCUCUGAAUCUUCUAAGAAGAAAGGACAAGCCCAAAGUCAAAAGCUGCUGGGUGAGCUGCAGAUAGUAAACUUUGGGGGGCUAAGUGGGAGGGCACUGACUCCAUGAUGGCUCUCAAAUUGGAAUUUUUGAGCUCUGUUUUGAGACAGUUUUGCACUAGCCCGGGCUGUCCUAGAACUCAGUGUGUACCCAAGCUGUUCUUGAGAUCAUGGCAGUCCUGCCUCUGGCCUCCCAAGACAUGUAUCACCACUAUACCAGGUUUAGAAUGGAUUUGUUCAUUUUGUUUUGGUGAUAGAGAAUUCUGAACACAGAGCCUUUACCACUGAAAUUCAUCACCAGCCUCAGUCAGGAUUGGCUUCUGAUGAGCAAAAACAAGGUUAAAAAAACCCCACAGCUAGGAAAAGAUAAUAGCUGCAAAGGUAAAUUUGGGAGACAGAACAGUUCUUAAAAGUCCUGCUGGGAAGCUUCGUUGGUGUUUGAUAAGUGAUGGAAAUGCCACUGUAGUACAGAAGUAUGUGCUAUGAUGUGAACACCUCCCUCCUAAGACGAGUUCAUCUGAUAGCUAAGAAAAGAUGGUUGCAUCUGGGCAUGGUGGGCAAGCCUGUGAUCCCAGCACCUGGGAGGUAGGUCGCUGUGAGUUCAAGACCAACCUGGUCUACAGAAUGAGUUCCAGGACAACCAAGGCUACACAGAGAAACUCUAGAAACCCUAUCUCUGAAAAA